CUUCUCUGCAAACUUUUCUUCCUCACAGUCCUGAAGGAGCACUCGACUUGGUUUUUGCGUUUCUUUGAUCCUAUCUUCCUAUAACCAUUAUCCGUACAGUCAUGCGAGGGCGGAGUCUGUUCUUCAUCUUUUCCCUCCUCUUCAUCCUCCUGUCAUUUUCAGAGGCAAAAAAGAAGUCCAAGCAGCAAUCAGAUGCAGUGACUGGGUCUGAUAGUACGCCAGACAAAGUCUCACUGGGAUCAGGUCAGCUGAGCACAAAGGGUGGGCAUCGCUGCACCUGGGAGACACUGGCGAGAGGAGCCAACAUACUGCUCCAGGUGAGCUGCUCUGCCCCUGGGGAGGAGGGGCUCAAACUUCCUUACACAUGUCAGUUUGCUGGAAAACCUCAGGAAUGCUCCGUGUAUAGCACUCAGUCCUCUCAGUAUUGGAAACAGGUGGUAAGCAAACUGAAGAAACGCAAGAACGCUUGUGAGGGGGAGAAAGUCCUGAAAACUCGCCUGUGUAAGAAAGCACCUAGUGCGUCUCAAAUGAAACUCACGGAGAGAAGCGGGGAAGAAACUACAACACAUGUGAGCGAGGGAAUGAGAGAAGAUAUCAAACGGAAAACAGACACUCCUGCGAGGAAAGGAAAAGAAGUAGAGAAAGAGAAGGAAGAGGAGGCGAAGAAAGAGGAGGAUGAGGGAGUACUGAAUGAUGGAUUCUCAGACAUGGAGCCUGCCUUGAGCUACUGUGGAGAGGGAUGGCAUUCGAUCUGUAGUUUCUUUGUCAAGUUUUUUGAUGGUUAAAAAAUAUCUUGAUUUUCGGAACCCAGUGGAGGAUAAAACUGAAGGCGCUGAUAUGAUAUGCGAAACUGAUAUGCACGUGACAAGGGGGGGAAAGACACUGUAAGGUCACAAACAAUUUUGUCUACACACUGUCAACAUCAUGGAUAUAAACAGCCAAGUUGUAAAGAGGAAGAAAAAUAGAUGCAGAAAAAGCAGCUUGUAUGUAAUGUUUAAAAAUCACACUAAUUACAUUGAUUGUUAUCUUACACAAACUGUAUAACUUUUAUAUUUUAACUAAUCUUAAAUCUUAAUAUCUUUAAAGAUAUGAAUAAUUGUAAUUUGUAUUACACAUAUAACAUUUUGACAGUUUACGUUAAUACUCAUAUUCAAAAUUGUUGUAUUUUUUUAAAUGUUGUAUAUUAUUAUUGCAAAAGCAUUAAUAAUAAUUAAUAAAAUUAAUC